CAUGGGCAGGGAAGGAUGGCUCGGGGCGUGUGUCGCUGCCUGACCGCGGCACGGCAGCAGCGGCAGCAGCCGGAGCAGCGCGGCCCCGCCGCCGCCCCCGCACAGAUGCUCCCGCCGGCAUCCCCCGGGGCCGGCCGCGACCUGCACAGCGCCGAGGCGAUCCCGCCGGCGACGGGCGACGGGCAGAGCCCGCGGACCGGGCGCUGAAGCCGCCUCGCCACCCGCACGAGAGGAGGAGCCGCGGGUGCCGCGCCAGCCGCCGGCCCCGCCGCCGCUCCCGCCGGCGCCCCAUGGAUAAGGCGGGCUCGCUGCACAGCUCGGUGCCCGCGCCGCCGCCCCGGCUCUACCUGCCGCGCAACUUCAGCUGCAGCGCCUGCCUCUAUGGCAGCCUGGCCGAGCAGUGCAGGGCGGGCUGCAGCCCCGACGGCGACGCCGCGCCCACGCCCGUGGUGCGGGAGGCGGCGGGCGAGAAGCCGCCGCAGACGCGGGGCCGGGAGCCCACGCUGCCCGCCGUGCCCCCCAGCCCCACGCAGCGCCGCCGCGCCAAGUCGCUGCCCACGCCCGGCGACCGCAGCCUGCGCCCCGCGCUGCAGCACAGCCCGUCGCGCCGCAAGACCGUGCGGUUCGCCGACUCCCUGGGGCUGGAGCUCACCUCCGUGCACCUCUUCUGCGAGGCCGACCUGCCGCGGGUGCCGCUGCCCGCGCCGCCCACGCCGCGCCCCGCAGACCUGCUCAAGACCAGGAAGCCGCCGGCGCUGGGCGACCUGGAGCCGGUGCUGUUCGGGCCGCCGCCGCCGCUGCUGGAGCCGCUGUUCCCGCCGCAGCCCGGAGCCAGCCCGGGCUUCGUGGAGCGGGUGCGGCAGCACAAGGUGAGGCUGGAGUGGGUGCGGGCAGAGCCCGCGGGGCUGCGCGGAGCCGUGCGCGUCCUCAACCUCGCCUACGAGAAGGUGGUGUCGGUGCGGUACACGCUCAAUGGCUGGGCCAGCUGCGCGGAGGCUCCCGCCGCGUACCAGCCGCCCGGGCCGCCCGACGGCAUCACCGACCGCUUCGCCUUCCUGCUGCCCCUGGGCGCUGCCGCCGCCGAGGCCACGCUCGAGUUCGCCGUCCGGUACCGCGUGGCCGGCGCCGAGUACUGGGACAACAACGAGGGCAAGAACUACCGGCUGCGGGCCCGGCAGCGCCUCCCGCCCGGCACCGGCCUCCCGCAGGACCCCGACAGCUCCGCCUGGAUCCACUUCAUCUGAGCCGGGGGGAUCCCCCCGCCCGGGGGCUGCCCCGCCGCCUCCCAGAGAGCCGCCGGGAGGGCUUUUCCCGAGUUCUGUUCCCAGCGGGGUGAUUUGGCUUUCCGGGGUCGCUGGCGAUGCCGGGGGACCCUCGCUCGCCUCACGGGGGUGUCGGGCGCGGGUUCCCCUCAGUCCGCCGAGCGCUGCGGCGGGCACCAAAGCAGCAUCUGCCGGGGGGGCUCGGGGGAUGGGCGGGAUUGACCGGCCGGGACCGGGAUCCAUGGAUGCACAGGCUUCCAGGUGCCGGAGGGGCUGCUGUCGCCUCAGCAGGUGACACGGAGGGCAGGGUCACAGGGCAUCCCUCCAACCGUCCCAUUUGCCUAAUCCUGCUCAAGCAAAGCCCGGCUCCGGCGAGGGGCUGGAUCUGCGCUCACCCUCUCGUGUCAGUUUGGGGUUAAGGGCCUCAUAAUGGAGGGCUGAGGGACAGGUUAGUCUGCAACCCAAAAGGACAAGAGCAGGGAUGCCCCAAGGUGUAGCUGUGUUUCAUCAUGCUGUAAAAAUGUUUGGUUUAAAGCAAAGAUUUUUUUUUCUUUUUUAAAUUUUGAACCCUAUUUCAUGUAUUUAAACAUACUUAGAAAGAAAAAAAUAGCGUCACAGCCUAAUCGAAAUGUCACUCACGGAGAGAUUUUCAAAAGAAAGUGUUUUGGUUUA